UUCUUUGUGCUGUUUGCAAUGAACAUCUCAUUUAAUUACAAUGUCUAUAUAUCUUAACUAACAACGAACGAUAAAGUCCAAUUAUGUAGUCUUUAUUUGAGAUAGGUGAUAUUUUUAUAAGGAAAAGGGGUAAACAAAUUAUACUAUGUGCCUAUAGUAGAAAGGAGCAUCUUCAACAACAACAAGCUUGUACAUGCUAAUUUAAUUAGCAGGAAUGUUAUCCUGAGAUUUACUAACAACAAAUCUUUCUUAGGAUUCCUGCAGAAUACAGAACUGCACUUUUCUGCAAGUCAACAAUAAUUCGAAUGCAGUAGCAGUUGAGACAUAUCAGCCAUGCAGAUGAUGGAAGAAUGUUGUUAAAUGAAGCAAUUUUAUCCAAUAAAUUGGUGAUUUUAAAACCAAAAUAAUUUUAUCCAAAGGACAUCAAAUAAUAGCAAAGUCUUUGAUACACCAUGACACUAUGCGUAUACACAUUUCAUUGUCUUCAGUCUUUCUUGAAACAUAUCGACAAGCAAUGUCGUGAUGGAAACCUGCAGUUUUUUUUAAGGUUUUUCUAUGAGAGUUUCCUUCUGUUUUAUAACUGUGAUAUAAUGUUUACAAAACUAGAAUGGAAGCAACAUAUAUUGCAUUCCUUUAGCUUUAGUGUAUUUCAAGGAUUUAUUACAUCCCAUUAAACUACUUCAAAUGGUUUGACCCUCUGAGUUAAAUAAUAUUCACCUCUUGAAAUUCAAAAUUCUGUCUCUUGCUGGUAUAUUGUCAUGAUGGAGACAAAUACAUUGAGUGUGACUGCUAAUAUUUCUCAAGAUAAACAGGAUGAAAAUAAACUAAUAAGUCUCAAAACAAAAGAGGUAACAGAUAGCAAAAAGAUGACAUCUACCAGAAAACACAAAAUAAAGCGAAUAUUCUGUGAGUUAUGUGAAAAGAAGUUUUGUAAAAAAUCUGAACUACUGAUACAUAUGCGAUCUCAUACAGGAGAGAAGCCAUUUCAGUGUGAGAUAUGUGAUAAACGAUAUUCAAGGAAAUCAGUACUUAGGGUACACAAUAAAACACACUCUGGAGAAAAACCUUUUCCUUGUGAAAUAUGUAAGAAAUGUUUUCCAACUUGUUCACAUUUGAAAAGACACAUGAUGACACAUACAGGUGAAAAACCUUUCUCUUGUAAGUUAUGUAACAAGCAAUUUUCCAGUAGUUUUGUACUGAAAAGACACAUUAGGACACACACUGGGGAAAAACCUUUUCUUUGUUUAAUAUGUGGGAAAUGCUUUUCUGAGAAAUUUGAAAUGAAGAUACACACCAGAACGCAUACAGGGGAGAAACCUUUUCCUUGUCAGAUGUGUGGUAAAAGUUUUACAACAAACUAUAAGUUAAACUUACAUAUAAAAGUGCACACUGGGGAAAAAUCAUUUCAGUGUAAACUUUGCGGAAAAGGACUGUCCACAAAAUCAGAGCUAAGGUUACACAUACAAAUUCAUAGUGGUAAGAAGUCCUAUAACUGUGAGGUGUGCAAUAAAAGUUUUUACACAGUAUAUAAAUUAGAUGUACAUAGGAAAAUACAUAGUGGUGAGAAAGAAUUUCACUGUGAAAUCUGUGGAAGAGGUUUCUCAACAAAUUACAAUCUCAACCUUCAUACACGAACACACACUGGUGAAAAACCUUAUCACUGUCUUACUUGUGACAAAAACUUUUCUUCUAAAUCUGUACUAAGGUUACAUACACGAAAACACACUGGAGAACAACUAUUUUAUUGUGAUAUUUGUAAUAAAGGAUUCUCUGCCAGCCAAAACCUGAAAUUACACAAACGGACUCACACUGGAGAAAAACCAUUUUCUUGCGAGAUUUGUGGGAAAAGCUUCUCUAUAAGCUCGCAUUUACAGGUGCAUACAAGAAGUCACACAGGGGAGAAACCAUAUCGCUGUGAAAUAUGUGGCAAAAGCUUUUCCACCAGUUGUAAUUUAAACUUACACACUCAAACACAUACGGGGGAGAAACCAUUUCAAUGCAAAAUCUGUUGCAAAAAUUUCACUAGAAGUUCUGUUCUGAAGUUACACAACAGGUUGCACACCGGGGAAAAACCAUACCAAUGUGAUAUAUGCAGCCGAAAGUUUUCUACAAAAUAUAAUUUACUUAUACAUAAAAAAAGACAUGAGAAGAGCAAGAAAGAAAUUCAGUGUCAGAUAUGUAAUAAAAAAUUCCUUACAACUUCUGAUUUAAAAGUUCAUACAAUAGCUCAUCUGGAAGAGAAUUCAUGCCACUGCAUCAUUUGUAGUAAGACUUUUACAACUAGUUAUGAGUUAGAUUUGCAUCAAAACAACCAUAAAAAUGAAAAACCAUUUGCUUGUGGAAUAUGUAGGAAAUCCUUUCUUGUUCUAAGUGAACUUAAAAAACAUGCUUAUAUGCAUGCUGGAAUAAAACCCUUUCACUGUGAGACAUGUGGGAAAACUUUCCUGAAGGCAUCUGAUCUAAAGGUUCAUGUUAGAACUCAUACAGGAGAAAAACCAUUUUGUUGCCAAAUAUGUGGGAAAUACUUUUCUCGAAGCUCGAGUUUGAAGAGUCAUAAUCGAACACACACAGGGGAGAAACCAUUUCACUGUCAGAUAUGUGGGAAAUGUUUUUCUCAAAGUUCUGGGCUAAACAGACAUACAAAAAUACACACAGGUUGAAGUGAUGUGCAUAUCAUUAAAAUAGUCACUUAAUUCAGCUAUUCUCAUCAACUCCCUGCUUCUGGUAUUUUCUUUUUCUUUUUUCAAAAGCUUACCUUUAGCUUCAAAGAUAUUUCUUAUAAAGACAUAAUGGUUUCAUUUUGAAUAGGACACAAAUAUCUUUCUUUUAGAUAACAAAAAGAGGUUCUAUAAUCAGACCCAGCUUAAAACUAAGUACAAAUUGGUGAACAAGAGAGCUGAAGACAAUCAGAAGUCAAACUGACUGAAACAUAUAAAUUGUAAAAUACAUAUAAAUAUAAUUGUGAUUAAACAUUAAGUUUACUUAAUGAAAGUAACAAAUGCUAAAAUUUUAUUUUGAUGCUGUUGGAAUAUUUUCUUUCAGUAAUAUUUUGCAAACUUGAUUUACAUAAAAGUGAUAACCUAGAAAA